AUGUAUGCUUCCAUGAUAUUUUCAGCUGUCCUUGCAGCUAGCUUCGCGUCAGCAGCACCCGCUGGCAAGCGGGGGUCCGGUCUUUCUCCAGAUGGCAACUACUUCCCGCUGGCAAAUGGAUUCCCGAAUCCCAACAGAGAAGGCGAGAUUACAAUUCAGGACGGCGCACACGGUACACUACCAAACGGGCCACCACCACCAGCACUGAGUGCGGAGGGAGUCACCAACCUUAAGCUAAUUGCACUGAAUGAGCUUUUCGAAGUCGCCUUCUUCACGGAACUUAUCUACAAUGUCACAAACAAAGUCUCUGGAUAUGACUUGGGUAUGGGUCAUGAUUACAUGCUAGACUCAUUAAACGCCAUUGUCAACCAAGAAGAAUUGCAUGUACUCAACGCAAACGGAGCUCUUGAACACUUCAACCAAGAGAAGAUUCAGCCUUGCAAAUACAACUUCCCAGUCCAAGACUUCCAAUCUGCCAUCGCCUUAGCUGGUACCUUCACCGACAUAGUCCUUGGUACACUGCAAGACGUCAACCAGAUAUUCGCCAAGAACCAAGACGAUGGGCUAGUCCGCGCUGUCACAUCGGUCGUCGGGAACGAGGCCGAGCAAGAAGGCUUCUUCCGACUGAUGCAGAAGAAGCGGCCCUCGUCGCAGCCCUUCGUGACGACAGCAACCCGCGACUUCGCAUUUACCGCAAUCCAGGACUUUGCCAUAGAAGGCUCGUGUCCUAACAUUGCCACCAUCCCGCUGAAGAGGUUCAAGCCGCUCAAGGUGGAGACAAAGACGAUUCCUGCCGAGAACCAGAACCUCAAGUUCUCGUUCGAUAUGAAGGAUGUGGGCAUGUACGACACCAAUGAUAUGCGAUUGGCGUAUCUGAACGGCCAGAAUCAGCCGAUUGUGAAGAAUUUUGAAAACAUCAAGAUGGAGGGUGAAAAGGUGUUUUUCGAGGCGCCGUUUCCGUACGAUGACUUUCUCAUGAACGGUCUGACCAUUGCGGCAGUCACAAUGGGGGCGGAUGAGUUUGCUGAUGCGGAUAAGAUGGCUGAGGCAGCGGUAUUUGGACCAGGACUUAUCGAGAUCGAUUGA